UAGCUUGCUGGGUGACUAGAUUCCUCAGGCAGGAUUAGUAAAACAAAACAACAGGAUUUAUUUGAGAAACAGUUACCUUUUAAAAAUAUAUGAGGCAUAUAUAAAUUAUUAUCAGCCACAAAGAAUGGGAAGCUCAAAUACUUAGCAGGUGACGGUUGUAGUGCUAUCGAGAUUGACAUUAAAAUGAAUCUGCUGACUCUGGUGUUUUUGAGUCUGCUGCAAGGUACCCAAACUGUUCAUAUUUCCCAAUGGCCGGAGCUGGUGACUGCAGAGGAAGGAGGCAACGUCACUCUGAACUGCAACAUCUCCUACAUCAGCAAAUCCAUCAGGCGUCGGAUAGUGUACUGGUUCAUUCCCGGGGCUGGGGAUGACGACGACGACAUCCCUCUGCACCCCUCCCCUGGAUCCCAGUUCAAGGGAAGAGUAGCCCUGGCUGGAGAGGAGAACACAUCCAUGCGGAUCUAUGAGCUGCAGCUCCGGGACUCCUGUAGGUAUUACUGCAUGCUGUCCUAUGUGGACGGGGACACUCCAAAGAGGACCUCCGGUGAUGGAACACAGCUCAUUGUUCACGGUCCUCUUCGUUUCAACCUGACAGCCGAGAAUCCAUUUGUGUUGCACUGCGAGAUCAACGUGGGCAACUCCGCGGGGCUCAGCCUGGUGUUUCAGAGAAGAGGUAUAGAGAUGGGUGAGGCGAUGACAAUCACGCCAAUGGAGAACGGGUCAUUCCUCAUAUCCCGGGAACUCUCUGUCACAACAGGCAUAUUGGAGGGAUACCAGUGUCUAUUGAAGCAUAGCUCUGGGGUCUUUCUGCUGAAGAAAACCCUGGGUGUGGCUCCAUUAUAUUCUGAAGAGUGUCCACAUCCCGUACUCCUCUAUGCAUCCGUUCUAGUGUUCCCAUUCGCAACACUCAUUGUUAUAUUGAUAGUAUUCCUCACAAAAACUGAAUGCUGUCAGAUUGCAAGGUAGCUGUAAUAUCUACCUACCUAUCUAUCUACCUACCUACCUGUUCUGUCUAGUGCAUGGUGGGAGAGUGGAGUGAGCGAGGUAGAGUGUGUCGGUAGGUGUUGCUCUUUCAAGUGUUUGUUUGUUUGUCUGUCUGUCUGUAUAAUUUUGUGCUAAAGCAAACUAAUAAGUUUGAAACUGUUUUUUUAGCCAGCAUGGCUAGCUCAGGGUUUUUUUUUCCCCCUUUGAAAGAUUGACUCUAUGGUUUUAAAUAAAGCAAAAGAAGAAUUUAAUAUUCCUGAAGUUCAGAUUAGAAGGCAGUAAUUAUGUUAUUUUUGCAACAUCAGAUACCAUGAAAUGUUUUGAUUGUGGUGUUGAUGGGCAUUUAGUUAAAAACUGUCCUAAAACUAAAGAGCAGGAGGGAGAUGGUGAAAGAGCAGAGAGAGGUGUGUCCGGGACUCGGGAAGCCACAGUGCCGAGUAGUGCUGGCGGUGAAACAGAGAAGUGUCGAGAUUAAUGACAGAGGGGUGGCGGAGCUGAGUGAGGCUGUGCAGGACUGAACCAAAAUAAUUACUUCUGUGGUGCCCGAAACCAAAAGUAAGGAGCCGAGUAAGUAGUGUUGUUGGAGGAGGGGGGCAUCAGAAUGCUGAUAGGGAAAAUGAGAGGGGUGAAGUUAAAGAGAGGAAAGCAGCGGGGUCGAGUGAUGGCGCUGCUGCAGGGGAGAACAAAAAGAAUACUGAAGCGGUGCAGCUUGAAGUAGAAAGUAGACAAGACGUUGGACCGAGGACAAGACCGAGGCUGGUAAUACAGAGGGCGAGAGUCCUUCUUAGUGUACUAGUAAUAAAAACGAUAACUUGAGGAGACUGCGUUGGUGCAAGUUUCUGAUACUAGUGUAGUGGGAGAAGUAGAGACGAGUGAGUCUGUAAAUAAAAAUGAUGGUUUUAACCCCCCCCCCCCCAAAAAAAAAGAAAGAAAAAAUGAGUUCAAAAGAAAGUAGAUGCUGCAGACAUAGGAGUAGCAGAGAAAGCCUGUAAGAGUGAAGGAGCUGAUGAUGGGGAGAAGUGCUGAAGCGUAGUACUGUGAGAUUUGUUUUCUCAAUUUAUCCCAAUUAAUUUUUUUUUUUUACUAGGGAAUCUAAAUGUAAAUGGGUGUAGAGAUGAUCUUAAGAGAGCCUUGGUUUUCGAAUACUUGUUGCAAAAAAAAAUUGAUGCAACCUUCCUGCAGGAAACGCAUUGCGAUCUAAGAACUCAGUCCGAUUGGGAAAGAGAAUGGAAAGAGGAAAUAGAUUUUAGUCAUGGCUCUAAUGUCAGUGCUGGAUGGCAGUUUUAUUUAAAGAGGAUUUUAAACCUGAAUCAAUAACUAUUACAGAAGAAGUCAAAGGUCGUUUGAUUAAGGUAAAAACUGUAACAGAAGGUCAGUCUUUCUGUUUUAUCAAUGUCUAUGCUCCUAACGAAGGAAAAGAGUUUUUUAAGAUCUUAGAUCAGGUUUUUAGUAAACUGUGCCUCUGAAAAGAUAUUGUUUUUAGCAGCGGAUUUUAACUGUACUGUGAAUUUUAAAGAGGACAGGAAUCACCAUGAGCCACACCCUCAAUCUGCCAUGGAACUAGCUGUCUUGAUUAAAAAGCAUGGUUUAGUUGAUGUAUGGAAAAAUAAACACUUUGAUAAAAGACAAUACACUUGGGUUAAGCACAGUAAUAAUAAUGUCUCAAUGGCUAGACUUGAUCGAAUUUACGUUUUUUAAGAGCAUUUAUAUCUGAUAAAGCAAAGUCAAAUUUCCCCAACUGUUUUCUCAAAUCGUAACAUAGUCUCUCUUUCUGUUUUAUUGCCCUCCUUUAAGCACAGCUGCUCUUAUUGGAAAUUGGAUGUAAGUUUGUUGAAUGAUUCAGAUUUCAAGAAAUGUUUUAGUUUUUUUUUUUGGAAAAAAUAGACAGCCGGUAAAAAUGUAUUUUCCAACCUUAGACAAUGUUGGGAUGUAGGGCCUUACUAAAUAAAAUAAAAGACCGAAAUAAAACCUUUUUGUCAACAAUAUACUGAAAACGUUACAAAGAGGGCUAGUGAGUCUCUGCAAGAACUGGAGUGGGAGGUCUUAGAGCUUCAAGAUACUCUGGCCUCCAAUAGUUUAAUUGAAAAAUUAAGGCUUAAGAAACAAUUAAUAGCAGAUCUUUUGGAUGCAAAAGUACAGAGAGCUCCAGUGAGGUCCUGGCAUUUUCUUUUCUUCAUCAGGUUGGAGGGCUUGGUUUUGAUUUUAAUUUGCUGUUUUUAGAUUUUCACAAAAUGCAGUUUUCAUGUCUUCUCCUCUUUUAUAGGAGUGUGCUGAGGGAUUGGACAUUACUAAAGGCUGAAUAUAUUGACCCACUGGAUCCUUAUUGGGAUCUGGAGCAGCCUUUGGUGUUUAAUCCACACCUAAAUACUUAUUUUAAUAGUUCAGAAUCUUUUAACGAUUCUAUCAUAAGGGCUAAAAUAGUAAAGAUUUGUGAUCUGAUAGACACAGAGCAGUGUAUAGUAUAUAUAUAUGUAAUGUAUAGCUGGUGCCCUGGCCAUGCGAUCUGUGCAUGUGGCAGGUCUGUAUCUGGCACAGCUGCAUGAAGCUUUGUCUCUGAAGUGGCGAGAGGGACUGGGGAGUGUUUUUGACUAAUGUCCAAUGCCUCAGCAAACUCCGUUUCCUUAUUUGCUAAUCUCCCCUGCGAUAAGUCAUUUUGGUGAAGAGAAUGGCAAGAUUUUAUAAGUGGAGGAUUUGUGUAAACUCCAGUUUAAUUUGUUAGAGGGGGAAAAAAGUCUAUGAAAUUUGUGUAAAAGUUAAACAGCAAAAACUACUUGAAGUCCUUCCAGAUACUCAUUGGAGGGAACGGCUGGGAGCAGGAGAGGAGGAUUAGCCAGCCUGGAGGACUUUAUAUAAAUCCCCUCUUAAUAAAAGAUCAGGGGAUUUGCAAUGGCGACUCCUGCAUACAAUCUUGGCUGUUAAUGCAUUCGUAAGAAUUAUAAAUCCCGAGGUGACUGAUCAUUGCCCCUAAUGCAAGAAGAGAGAGAGACUGUCUUCCAUUGCUACAUGGACUGUAAAAGACUGGACCCUUUAUUCAACUUUUUAAACAACAUUUUUUCAAAUUGAAACUUAACUUUUACAAAGACUGUUUUUAUUUUUGGUGUCAAAUUUAAAGAAACCGUAAGCAUUUGAUUCAACUGGCAAAUUUCAUUUUAGGGCAGGCAAAAUUAGCCAUCCUAAAAAGUAGAGAAAGUCAAAUGAGAAAUGUUCAUCAGGACCUGGUAAAAUUGUGUAGGAUAUUGGUGGUUACUCGCAUAACUUUUGAAUUCAAGUUUUAUAAGAUGAUGCAUGACUUGUUCAGUUUUGAAAUGUUGUAGUGUGUGAAUGGAACACUCUGUGAGGUACAGGAUGAUUCAGAAGAACUCUGCAUAAAUAUUUAAAUUACUGUUUGUUUUUUGUUUUUUCUUGCAAAAUAAUGUAACGUAAA